ACUUCCAGACCUAAUUCUCACAAAAACAGGACUCUCAAUCUUGAAUGACUUUGGGAACCAGAGCAAGGACUGAAAGAGUUGAAGAGGAUUACAACUGAAGACACUGAAAAAACUUGUUAGGCGGGUUUUUUGUGUGUGUGAUUGUUGGGUGAGACUUCACGUGUGAAGUGAUUUCCUUGGCAGCUUAGAAAAGAACAUUUUGCUCUUUGUGCAAAGCUUGUAAUUAAUAUUCACUCAUGGCCGAGCUAGCGUUUUUGAGUGGUCCGAUGCCAAACAAAACUUACCAACACAUUGAGGACUGCCUUGCCUCAGACAAGGCACUGUAUAAAUUCUUUGCAGCUCUCAUGAUUGUGAUUUUCAUCCUGGCUUUGCCUCUGAAUGCAUCAGUCCUCCACCUCUUCAUAUUCAAGCUGAAAUUCUGGAAAUCCAACACCAACAACAUUUUCCUCUUCAACCUGGUGUUGGCUGACAUCCUACUGCUCUUCUGUUUGCCCAUAAAGGCAUACAACUUCAUCCAAGGGGAGAGGAGAAGUGACAACGAUGCAGUUUGCAAAGCAAUGCUCUUCAUGUUGUUUUUAAACCGAGGAGCCAGUAUUGCCUUCCUGACGGUGACUUCUAUUGAUCGAUAUUUCAAUGUGGUGCACCCUGGUCGAAAGAAUCUUCUGAGAGCUCUGAAGAAAUCUCCACAGAUCUCCAUCCUCAUCUGGCUGCUUCUUCUGCCUCUCACUAUUCCCACCAUGCUCAAGAACUUUGACUGCUGCAACAGCCACAGCCAUGUCCCAGGUGCUGAUAAAGAAGACGCAUUGAUUAAGGAUGUGGUGGACAGUUUGCGAGAGGUGGUCUUCUUUACCCAGAUUCUCAUCCCCUUCAUCAUCCUCGUAUACUGCACAGUGCACAUCGUCAACCGACUCAGGAAAAAAACAGUCGGGGAUAAGACCAAGCUGAAGAGAGCUGUCUUCCUAGUCAUGUCCGUCAUGGUGGUCUUCUCCAUCUGCUUCCUCCCCUGCACCAUAGCAAGGAUAAUUCUGCUGGUCGCCCGGGUCCAAAAUUGGAAAGAAGUCAAUGAGGACAUAGCUGCUGUGGCCUUUGACGGCUUCAUGGUUCUCUCCUACAUGGACUGUCUUCUGGAUCCGCUGGUCUACUGCUUCUGCAGCACCAAGUUUAAAGGUCUUUAUCUCAGCAGUUAUUUCCCAUUCUUACUGAAAGACGCAACUGCGUCAAUAGAAAGUUCCACAGAAAACACAAUGCAUCCUACACGCAAUACUGUUAUUUGAAAUUAUAGAAAAACGGGCUGACACCUGAACAACCUAAAAGAAUACUACCUGAGACUGACUCACUCCAAAAAAUAUACUUACUCUAUGAAAGGUGACUCUGAAGGCAAUAUAAACAGACAUCUGCGUAUGAAAGCAGAAUCUGUAAGUAAUGGGACAAGAUUUUGGAUCGGAGGCGUUCCGGUUUCCGUUUGGAAUCUGAGUAGUAUUGACCACAUUUGAGCGGACUAUGGUUGCAUGCGGGUGAACAGUUUGAGUGGAGAAAAAGAGGCAGAGCGCAUUGGCCGAAAUGCAAUUUUGGUACCCAUCAGCUAUCAUCUGACAACAAUUUAACUUUUAAGUUGCUUUUUAAAAAAAUGUAUCUGCAUUCAUAUGCAGAUAUCUGUUUAUAGAGUUUAUCAGAAAUGUCCUUCCAACUCCAUUUUCCAAUCUCAAGUUCAAACUGUAAACUAUGACUGCUGCACGAAGAGUCUUAGCCCGGGUGUCCUUCAUCCAAAUAUCCACUGGCUACAUCAAAUCCCCCAAAAUAUUCCCCAGAGGUUAAAUCAUUGUAAGACUGAUAGCUGAUCAGUUCCUAGAUUGCUCUGAAGGUAAAGUGCAUUAUGAAGACAAGACAUACAUAAAAUAAUUAUUUAAGAGUCUAUUUGUAUUGAUUCUCAAAUAGAAAUAAUAUCAAGGUACAUAUGUAAAUAGGAAGUACUGUUAUAGAGUUUUAUGUGUUUUUCCAUACUGUAGAUAUACUGUAAUCGAGACUCAACAAAUAGUCUAGAAUAUAUCACUGUUAGUAGAUUUUAUUAAGUAAAAAAUCAGGCUUUUUUUCUUUUUAAGGGGAAUGCCCCUCAGCCAAAGUAUGCACAUCUGUUUUUCUUUCUUUCUUGGACAGAGAGGACUAUGUAAAAUUCCUUUCAAAUGUUUGAGUAGAAGAAAGAAAAGAAAAGUAAAAUGCAAUUUGUGAAAUCACAGCAAUCUGUCUUGUAUCAAAGCUUCCAUGUCCAAACAAGCAUAAGUGUUUAAUAGUGAAUCGAUUAUAGCUCAAUAACUAUAACCAUGUCCCAAACAAGUUCCAAACAAAGGGAACCAGAAAGGAAAACAAUAUUUUGUUUUACAGAAGUCAGAGGCAGUAAACAUGGAUUUUUUCAGCAGGGGUAUCAAAUGUGUGCAUGUUAUGACCCCCAAAUAGACGCAUAUUAGGCCAUGGCCAGUCCUCUAUUACAUAAGACUUAAUCCUAAGGCCAGUACAGGAAGCUGAGAAAUGCUGUUUAUUUAGUAUGGAUCUGAAUUACUGUUUAUAUGUAGAGAGAAAGGUGGGUUUAAUUAUACUGUACAUAUUUUCUGUCUGGGAUAAUUUUCUUGCCUGGUGAUUUAAAGAUCUGACAUCCAGUGCACAAAAUUAUUUAAAAAAAUGUAAAAAAAAAAAAAAAAUUCCCUCACAAUAUAAGUAAUGAAUCAUGCCUUUAACCAGACUGAACAAUACUUUACUCAGAAAAUCCAUUGUGUAUGUAUAAGUCACCCUGAUAGUCUUACUCCCCUUGGUGAUGUCAUCGCUAGUAAUCGCACAGUGUGUGAGGUCAUGUCUGUUGGUGACUGUUUGACUAUAAAUAGAUGGCUUACUCAUUUAAGUAGUCAACCAUCGGGGGUUGACUGGUUGGUGAGUCUGAGGUUGAAUUUCAUGUAAAGUUUACGAAUGUGUAUGUGGCAUCAUAAAAUACAUUAUUGCUUUGUA